AUGCCCAGCAACAAGCGCUUGAAAAGCAUUGUCUUCUGUGCAGCGGCGAAAGUAGAAGCCGACAUGCACACCUACCCAACACACUUCCACGAUAUCGAAGAAGUCAAAGAGUACAUCAGUACUACCUGCAAGCAAUCCGGCAAUCAAUACAUCACUAGCAAGCAAAAUUUGACAAAAGAGGAGCUGGCAUAUAUCAAGGACAAGGUAUGCUUCGUGGUAGCCUGCCAGGCUUUCAGGCAAGGAGAAUUUUAUCUAGGGGUUGGGUUGUUGGACCGGUCGGCUUUGAGAGCGGCCGUUGAAGCAGAUAUCCGACGCCUCCUCCCCCUGGUGCCUUAUUGGCCGUCCCACUUCGCUGGUGUGAAGGACGCCCUCGUCCAUGUUAACGGUGUUGCACGCUGGAAAGGCUUCGCAUAUACUGAAUUUGAAGGAGUUUCGGCGGACAAAUUUCAGCGUUACGUCAACUACAACACUGUGAGGCAUGCUUUCGAAGACGGUCGCUUUGAGAUGCAUGUCCCUGGUGAGGAUUGGCGGUGCCGAAAGUCCAAAGUGUCAAAAGCGCCAGUGGGAAAGUUUACGACGAUGAACGGAGCCAUUGGGAGCGACAUUCAAAAGCUUAUCAGCCGCAUCCCCGCAUGGCGUCCAACCUUCUCUUCCCUCAACGCGGCUCGAGACUAUGUUGCUGAGUUCUCGUGCUGGAUCCAUUUCUCUUACACGUACUGGUCUGAUGUCGAACCAUAUCGCUUCCGGCUAAUCGUCAACUUCGGCACGGCAAAGCUGGCGUUUCGAGAGGGAAAGUUUAAGAUCCGUGAAGAUGAGGGAGAAGAGGAGUCUGAUGAUACGGAUGAGACUGCUGUUGAGGGCGCUGAGGUCACACAGAGGAAGACGGAGGCUUCUAGAUUGCCGUAUGGUAGACCCUCCACCGGAUCUACUGUGACCCCGCCGGCUGAGAAGCCCGUCUUUUCGACUACCACAGCCUUCAGCAACGCGAUCGAUUCGAUCAACACGGCGAUUGCGGACACUACUGUUGUUGAUGUGCCAGACUUACUGUUAGAGGAGCUUCCGGAAUGCGUGAGCAUAGUGCAAGAAGAAGGUCAGGAGCCUGCCGCACUAUCCCAGCUGGCUACCAUGCCGCUUUUGGUUGAGGUUGAUGAGGAUCCGUUCAAAGAAUUGAUCGCUGUCUUGAAGCGUGAGAGCAUCAUCAAAGCGGCUUUUGAGUGA